AUGGUCUUCCACAAGGUCUGGCGCUGCCAGCACCACCCUCGCAACAAGGUGUCCGAGCGCCGCAACGCUGCGCGCAUGGCCAGACUCGACGUAAAGAUAAAAAAGUUGAGCAAGGGCUCAAAACAGAACGACCCGUACCUGCGCAGGGACGUUCCCUUGGCUACUGUCAUACGAAUGGACAUUCAACAUUUGCAUAGUACACAGUCAGCAGACGCUCUGCGCCUCCUUUGGGGCACACGUACCGUGAGGCAGACGUUUAUGGGCUACUUUAGCGACGGGAUGGCAGCCAGCGAGGCACGGAGGCUCCACGAGAGCAAACUCUGCAUGGAGGAGAACGGUCCCGAGCUGCUGGCCAACGGCGCCCUCAACCGUCUGGCCAGAACCGUGCAACACUGGCACACCGUGUGGAGGAGCGCCUGCUUCGGUGGUGGCCCCAUCGACGCUCUCUCCAAGCUGGAGGAGAAGGCACCCCUCUAUGCUUCUAUGGGCACAAGCGUGACGGUCAGCCGGAGUGACACCAGCAGCUGUUGGGCAGUUCUGGUCGUGACUCCCAUUAUGCGGCGGGCCCAGGCACUGAAGGCAGCGAGGGACAUUGUCUUUAUAGACUCUACGUCCUUGUGUGACACCACCAAGUGCACCGUGACAGUGGUGCUGGUGGCAACAAUGGCUGGCGCCGUCCCCUUAACAGUCCUCUUGCACAACGAGCACAGUACGGAAGGGUACUCGGCAGCAUUCAAGCUCCUCAGCGGGACCGAUCCACUCUGCUUUGGGGGUCUAUCAAUGCAACAAAAUUUCCCCCUUAUGUAA